AUGCCUCCUCCGCCGCCACCACCUCCACCUCCCCCUUCCCUGAUCGCUCCAAGCUCUGGAAGUAGUUCGGGUUCCGGUUCGGCUCCAAUUAACAAGAAACCGACUGCACUUCUUGCUGAAAUUCAGAGAGGAACCCAUCUCAGAAAGGUGGUCACCAAUGAUCGAUCUGCUCCAAUAAUUGGAGCAAAACCAAAUCCUUCGCACUUUGCUGGUGGUGUCAGCAUUAAUCAGCUUGAACGAGAGCCAAAGCCA